GGUUUUAUAUAUAAUUCCCCUGGUUGGUGCACCGCUCACACCACCGCCCUCCUUUUCCUGUAGGCCUCCUUGUCUGAGGCUCUGGAGAGUAGGAUGGAGCUCGAUGAGCUUGGAUUCUUGGAGGAGCUUCUGGCUCUCAGGGGGGAGACAUGGGACACUCUCCCCAAUGGAAUGAGUGAGUUCUUCUCCAGUGAAGGAAGCUUGGAUUGCUUCCAAGAGAGCCAAGGACUGGUUCCUCCCAGCUUCUCAGCAUUCGAAGGCCUCGCGGCGGCGCCGGCGGAGCCGAGUUUUGAUUGCUUGAGCGAAGUCUACUGCCUGCUUGGUGCUGGGUUUGCUGCGGCGGCACCGGAGAUCCACUCGUCGUCGGUGCAGUCGGCAUUGGAGGAUGGAAAGGCUGGUCGUCCGGUCCAUGGUGACGGGCAGACGUCCGUUUGUAAGGUGGAGAUGGGGCAGUCGACGCCGGAGGCGCCGGUGGUGCUUGGGAUGGGUGGCCGCAUGGACAGGAAGAAGAGGAGAGCCGAGGGGCUGCAGUCGAAGAAUUUAAUGGCCGAGAGGCGGCGCAGGAAGCGGCUUAACGAUCGGCUGUCGAUGCUUCGGUCCAUUGUUCCCAAGAUCAGCAAGAUGGAUAGGACUUCAAUACUUAGUGACACCAUAGAUUACAUGAAAGAGCUCCUGGAAAGGAUCAAGCGAUUGCAGGAAGAGAUCGAACUGGGCUCGGAGCAGCCGAAUCUACUGGGCAUCUUCAAGGAGCAGCUGAAUCCCAAUGACAUAUUAGUGAGGAACUCUCCCAAGUUUGAUGUCGACAGGAGAGACUCCGACACCCGAAUCGAGAUUUGCUGUACGUCGAAGACAGGUUUGCUGCUGUCGACUGUGAACACUUUAGAGGCCCUAGGGUUAGAUAUCCAGCAGUGUGUCAUCAGCUGCUUCAAUGACUUCGGGAUGCAAGCUUCUUGCUCCGAGGAUAUGGAGCAGAGGGCAGCAAUAAGCUCUGAGGAGAUAAAGCAGGCAUUGUUUAGAAAUGCGGGCUAUGGCGGAAGGUGUUUGUAGAAGAGAAAAUGCAACGGGGGAAGCAGGUUUGAAGGCCUUUUGCAUGUCUCUGUAAGCAAGAAGCUUGGAGGUGAAUGACUGAUUUGGUUGCUUGCAGCUUCCCCACCUAUUUACGACUUGUAAUUGAAGAGCCUUGAGGUGACCGUCAAUGUGUGGGUGUUUCUCUCCUUCACAUACUGCAAAAAGAUCUGAUUGAUGUUUUUAUGAUGUGGAGUUGUAUGUUCAGAGUUCUUGUGAAAAUAUUGAGCAUAACUCACCUGGAUAUACUGUUCGGAACAAUGUUACCACCA